AUUGCGCUGUAUUCGAGUUCGCAUAGUUCAAUAUGUGUUGUGGUUUGUUACGAUAAUCUUGCAAACGGGAAAUAGUAACGUUGUUGCUAAUCAUGUCGAUAAUAGUAUGUUUUUUCCUAUGAUGUCGUAGUAAUCCUACUCCUCGAAAAGUGCUACACUAUCAGCACGUUCGCCAUCGUUUUAAUUGCGAACACUCGUUUCGAUAACUAAACGGGAAGAAUCAUUACUCUAAUUAAAUUCCUCGGAUAUUCCAGAACAGCAUGAAAAUGGUGUUGUCGCAACGGCAGCGCGAGGAGCUUAACCAAGCGAUUGCCGACUACCUAGGCUCUAAUGGAUAUUGUGACGCACUGGAGGCUUUCCGUAAGGAAGCUGAUAUCUCAACAGAAAUCGAAAAGAAAUAUGGUGGUCUUCUUGAAAAGAAAUGGACAUCAGUCAUACGAUUACAGAAAAAAGUGAUGGAGUUAGAAGCACGACUAUCUGAGGCAGAAAAAGAAGUUCUCGAAGGGGCUCCGACAAAAUCAAAACGAAGUCCAACAGAGUGGAUACCACGACCACCAGAAAAAUUCGAUAUAACAGGUCAUCGAGCAAGCAUAACGAGAGUUCUUUUUCAUCCGAUUUUUAGUUUGAUGGUUUCGUCAUCAGAAGACGCUACCAUAAAAAUUUGGGAUUUUGAAACAGGCGAAUAUGAAAGAACCCUUAAAGGUCAUACAGAUUCAGUACAAGACAUAGCAUUCGAUGCUCAAGGGAAAAUGCUGGCGUCCUGCAGUGCCGAUUUAUCAAUUAAGCUAUGGGAUUUCCAGCAAUCAUACGAAUGUAUCAAGACAAUGCAUGGACAUGAUCACAAUGUCUCUUCAGUAGCCUUUGUACCUGCUGGUGAUUUUCUUUUGUCCGCUUCACGCGAUAAAACUAUCAAAAUGUGGGAAGUUGCAACAGGCUAUUGUGUAAAGACCUAUACAGGACACAGGGAGUGGGUCCGUAUGGUACGAGUAAAUAUCGAUGGUACCAUAUUUGCGUCAUGCUCAAACGAUCACUCGAUACGAGUGUGGAAUACAAAUUCUAAAGACUGCAAGGUUGAGCUAAGAGAACAUGAUCACACUGUCGAAUGUAUCGCUUGGGCACCUGAAUCAGCAUCAUCUGCAAUUAAUGAAGCAGCUGGGGCAGACAACAAAAAAGGCAUACAUCAAGGGCCAUUCCUUGCAUCAGGCUCUCGAGAUAAAACAAUUAGGAUAUGGGACGUAGGCGCUGGCAUAUGUUUGUUCACAUUAACUGGCCAUGACAAUUGGGUAAGGGGAAUUUCUUUCCAUCCUGGCGGCAAAUAUAUGAUUUCUGCCAGUGAUGAUAAAACAAUCCGAGUUUGGGAUUUACGUAAUAAGCGAUGCAUGAAGACGCUAUAUGCUCAUCAACAUUUCUGCACAUCAGUUGAUUUCCAUAGAACGCAUCCAUAUGUGAUUUCGGGCGGCGUAGACCUCAAAGUGAAAGUGUGGGAAUGUCGUUAAAAUGCACAACGUGCAGUUUACAACAUCCUUGCCACCUCAAUUCAACAAGAGUAAAAAAAAAUAUACAUACAAACAAGCAUACAUAUUAUUUAAAAUUAUUCAUUUUUCUUUAAUAUUCCGUAAAAUAUUGCAUAAAACUACGACUAUACAUUGGUUGACAAGAAGGCAAA